AUGGCGUGCGGUCUCCAGCCGCCGCUCCACGCCGCCUUCUCCUCGCCGCCUCGCGCCCUCCCCUCCCGCUCUUCCUUCCUCCUCGCGGCCGGAACCCUACCGCUACUCCCUCGCGGGCCUACGGUUUCGCGCCACCGCCUGUCCCCUCCCCCGCCGCGCGCGCUCCCGGACACUGCCGCGGCGGCCGCGGGCCUCCGGGACGUGCUCGCCGACGCCUUCCUGGCGUAUCCACCGACGUGGACUUCGGCCGCCGCGACCAACCUCGCCAUCUUCGUCGCGGGCUCGCCGCUGCUCCUCUCGGGCCUCUCCGCCUCCGGCGUCGCGGCCGCCUACGUUCUCGGCACCCUCACCUGGCGCGCGUUCGGGUCCCGGGGUUACCUCCUCGUCGCCGCCUACUUCGUGGUUUGCAAGCCGGCGCCGGCCGGCAGCAACAGCACCACCAACGCUGCUGCCGCAGCGCCGCUCCACGUCACGCGGCUGGACUUCGGCGUGGACCCCAACCCGUCGUGCAAGGACGCGGCCACCUUCCCGCCCGAGGCGUUCGCGCUGCCGCACCUCCAGUCCCUCUUCUUCGUCGGCUGCUUCAAGAACCCGGCCGCCCCCACCGCGCUCCUCCUCCCGCCGCCCGCCAACCUCUCCUCCUCCGGCCUGCAGCAGCUCAGCAUCCGCGCCAACCCGUCCCUCUCCGGCACCAUGCCGCCGCAGCUCGCCAGCCUCAGGUCCCUCCAGGUGCUCACCGUCUCCCAGAACGGCCUGAUCCGCGGCGAGAUCCCGCGGGGCAUCGGGGGGCUCAGGUCCCUCGUCCACCUCGACCUCAGCUACAACUCGCUCUCCGGGCCCGUGCCGGCGCAGAUCAGCGAGCUCACGGGCCUGGUCGGCCUCGACCUCAGCUACAACUCCCUCUCCGGCCCCAUCCCGAGCCGGAUCGGCCAGCUGCGGCAGCUGCAGAAGCUGGACCUCAGCUCCAACAACCUCACCGGCGCCGUUCCCGCCACCGUCGCCAACCUGACUUCGCUCACCUUCCUCGCGCUGAGCAGCAACGGCCUGACCGGCCGCUUCCCUCCCGGCAUCUCCGGCCUCAAGAACCUGCAGUACCUGAUCAUGGACAACAACCCGAUGGACGUCCCGCUGCCGCCCGAGCUCGGCGGCCUCGCCCGUCUCCAGGAGCUCCGGCUGGCCGGUUCCGGCUACUCGGGGCCCAUACCGGCGGCGUUCGGUCAGCUGGCGAGCCUCACCACGCUCUCGCUCGAGAACAACAACCUCACGGGCGCGAUCCCGGCGGGGCUGACCAGGCUGCGCAGGAUGUACCACCUCAACCUCAGCAACAACGGGCUGGGCGGGGCCGUGCCGUUCGACGGCGCCUUCCUGCGCCGGCUCGGCCGCAAUCUCGACCUCAGUGGCAACCCGGGGCUGUGCCUGGACGACCGGGACGUCGUGCGGGAUGUCGGCGUCGGUGUUGGUGCCUGCCGAGGCGGCGGCGGUGGUGAUGGUUCGUUGGCGCGUGACUCCGUGAGCAGUGCCACCGGAGGAGUGCUGACGGCUUACACGGUCAUCUUCGGCCGGUCUCGCCUGCUCGGCCCUGCGUGCGUUGUGUUCAUAUCCUCCAUGCUUUUUUUCCUUUGA